AUGGCUGGCCCAAGGAUCAUGAGCUUGAUGCUGGUCAUCGUGACUGCAAUGUUUGCUAUUGCUAUCGUGAUCUUCCACUACUUGCGAGCCAUUUGCAGUCGGGGCCGACUGCAGCAGAUCUGUCGCAUCGAAACAGAGCAGGGCCUUUUCUCGUCAAUCACGAACACGGCGACAUCUCACGAACAGACUCGCUCGUCGGCUUUCCGAAGACUUCGACACGCAUCAGCGCCGGUCCCAACGAGUCCAGAUGGACAUGAUUCGUUCAGGGGCUUCAGUGGCAUUCAAGUGGCGGCACUGCAGAGAAACUCUCUCAGGUCGAGUUUGACUCGUCGUGCCGUCUCUAGCACAUCGUCAGGAUCUGCACCAUCCGAGUCGUCCAGAGCAUCUCAACGUCUCUUACCAGCGAUAGACCCGCAUGCUGACUGCACUAUUGUCCACAACUUCCCAAAGAGUGGUCAGGGCACUGUCAAGAUUAUGCAGUGUAAUCAGACCAGCAAGCUCAUUGUGAUCAAGACCGUCGACAUGGAGAGGCGCAAGCGGUCGAGACGGCCGGCCCUGGCAGAUGAGCUCACGAGCACAGCAAGCAUGUCACUUGAGUACUGCUCCGGAGGCGACGUCGAUGCCCUGAUCAACCACUGGAACUCAAUUGACCAGCUUCGAGAACAAGGCUUCCCCAAGAUCUUCGUCCUAUACUUCAUCUCAUCGAUGUUUGCAGCAGUAGGCUAUCUCCACGAAGGCAAUUUUACAGUGGACACGGCGAGCACUCCUAGGUUGUGCAACAAACCUAUGAUACACCGAGAUAUCAAGAGGCCGAACAUCUAUCUUCGCAUUUCUGACGACAACCAGCACGGCCUGCCAGAUGUCGUCCUUGGCGACUUCGGACUCUCAUGCUACGAGCAGGAUAGCGAAGGCGUCAGUGGUACACCUGGGUAUCUGUCACCGGAAAGUCUGGCUGUAUACAAUCUCAAAUAUACUGACCGACAUGCAUAUCGCCGUGCUUCCACCUCGCGAAUUCAGACAAGAGCUAACGAUGUCUACAAUUUUGGAACUGCACUGUACGAGGUCUUGACGCUAGAGCAGUUUGACAAUCGUAAGCAUACUUACACGCCACUGGAUCUCGAGAUCGCUUUGAACAAGACAAGGUCCACCGAUAUGCAGCCUAUACUCGACAUUCUCAAACUUUGCCUCGUCGAGGAUCCGGUCAAGAGGGCAACAACAAAAGCCUUAUUGCUCAUCAAGCCUAGUCUGAACGAAGCGCUGGAACUGCUGUACAAGGAUCCGAAGGAGCACAUGCCGCCAGACUCUUGGCCGGUUAGGCGCUUCGAUCCUCGAAUUGGCAUUUCUACAAACGGACCAGCUUCGAAAGUUCAAAGUCCAGCUGCCUCGUAG